AUUUUAGAGCCUUUUGAGCAGAACUAUCCAGAAGAACACGAUGGUACUCUGGAUUCUGCCAGUGGCUCUCUUACAUGUUCCUUCAAUCGAAUGGGUACUUUAUUAGCUGUAGGUUGUAAUGAUGGUAGAUUAGUCUUGUGGGAUUUCAUUACACGAAGUAUUGCAAAGAUUAUCACUGCUCAUGUUCAUCCUGUAUGUUCUGUCAGUUGGAGUAGGAAUGGACGACAGCUAGUCAGCGCAUCAACAGAUUGGACAGUUGGCAUAUGGGAUGUACUAUCUGGGGAAUGCGACAAACAGUAUCGCUUUCCGGGUCCAUUAACAAAAGUCCAAUUUAAUCCUAGGAAUAAAAAUCAAAUCUUGGCCUGUUCUUUAAAACAUGCUCCAGUUUUGAUUGACAUGAAAGACGCUACUCAUCAUAUUCUACCAUUUGAUAGCGAGUCUGAGCAAAACAUUGUAGCAUCUUUCGAUAGAAAAGGUGAAAAUAUCUAUACGGGCAAUGCAAAAGGCAAAAUUAUGGUCAUUGAAGCAGAAACACGAAAGAUAAUUGUUUCAUUUCGAAUUACUACUGGGACUAGUUCAACUUCGGUGAAAUCAAUUGAAUUUUCACCAACGGGCAGCGUCUUUCUAGUUAAUUCAUCGGAUCGAGUGAUUCGUGUAUAUGACAGCGAGAUUGUCUUGUCGGCCGCGGAUUAUGAGGGUAGAGAGCCGGAAUCAAUACAAAAAUUGCAAGAUCUAGUAAACAGAACCCAAUGGAAGAAAUGCUGCUUUUCAGGAGAUGGAAACUAUAUCGUAGCAGGUUCCGCUAGGCAACAUGCCCUUUCAAUUUGGAGAACGAGUGAUGGCACUUUAGUUAAAAUACUGAAUGGUACCAAGGGGGAAACUAUUUUAGACAUUGCUUGGCAUCCACUUCGUGCCAUCAUUUCUUCCAUUGCUAGUGGGGUUAUUUCCAUUUGGUCGCAUAGUUUAGUAGAAAGCUGGAGUGCCUUUGCACCCGACUUUAAAGAGCUGGAUGAAAAUGUAGAGUAUUCUGAGAAAGAAGAUGAAUUUGAUAUUGAGGAUGAAGAUAAAUCGACAAAAGCUCCAUCCAAUGAUGGAGACGGCGAAGAAACAGAAGUCGAUAUAACGACAGUUGACGAUGUCCCUUUUCUGGAUAGCAGGUAUAAAUUACGAGUAAAUUACCGGAUUAAUUUAUCCACUAAUGAUAUGAGUAAUAUAAUAUUGUUUAUGUAUAAGAGAUGA